AACCACUUGAAGUUUGAUUUGCAUUUAAGAAAUCUCAACCGUUGCCCUAAGCUGUCAUAUGAGGGCAGUCAUAAGCAGUCAUAUCAGUGUUUCACAAAACAUCUUAUCUCUUUUAUGCUUUCACUUUUAAACAAUACUACAAUAGCUAAAACAUUUCCUCUCUUACCCAUGAAAUUCAUCCCAAUGAAAGCCUUUGGGCUGAGGUUCGACAAUUUCAAGAUAAAUAUAUAAUAAAAGUUUCACGCGACUCUUAAGUUUAUGCUUAUUUUACAUCUGGUACGAUCUAAAAGUUUUAAACGUGUCACGUGGUUCUGUUUAAGGACUGGAUUGGUUUGUUUCUUAGCUAAUUAAAUUUAAAAAGCUUGAAUUAUUUCCUUUAGAAGCAAAAUCAUCAACCACGUUGAUGCUAAUCAUGCAGAUAUAAAAGAGACCAUUACUUGCCCACAUAUCAGUUGCCUUCGCCAAUCUUUGUAGACAAGGAAAAUGAAAGUAAUCGUGUUGCUUGCCUUUGCGUUUCUGUGCUAUGCUGGACAAAUUAAAGCAGUUGGUCAAGUUGAUCUCGUAAAGGAAGGACGUCUUUUAAAAGAUUUGCUAGAGGGUAACUUUGUUGGUGAUGGGUGUACUUGUACACAAAAUUCAUGCUCUUGUUGCAAGGCUGUAACAUGGCAGUCUAUGACAAAAACAGUCUGUGGUGAUAUGAAAUUCACCUCUCAGUCAAAGGAAUUUUCCAUCGAUCUCAGUGCGGACAAAGCCCCGUUAAUGAGCCUGCAAGUAACAGUUGAGAAUCCCAAAGCAUGUAAAGACGUGACUGUACAAGGUCAUAGCAUCAAGGUUUGUGCAGAAAUCGCCAAUAUCAAGACAGAGCCCGCAGAGAUCAGCGGCUGCCUUAAUCUGGCAGUCACUAUGAUGCAGACAGUCAACGUAGACCUAGGCUGCUUCAAGAUGCCUUAUACUGCGGACAGGAAACUUUUGUUCUGGGGAAACAAUCGAAAAUAAAGGAGGAAAACCAAUUAUUAAAACAAAGCUAGGAAGGUUCAACCUCCAUAUAUACAAGAGUUCUUUGCCAUCUGUUUUCAAAAAUGCUCAUUAAAUGUUUUUCGUUCAAAAAAUUGUCCAAAUUGAUAUCCUGUUUUUUUAAGAGCAGCUCAUUUUCUUUAACUGUCUAUUCAGGUAACAUUUCUGAACAACCUUUAUUACCUUGUAGAAUUUAAGUCAUUGUAAAGUUUUUCCCAUUAAAACUGCUUUUUUCUUCCUUA